AUGACUGAAACAGCAGGUCAAUUACUAGGUCACACCGUUCCAGUUUGCCAAUGGAUCCCGCAAGAUUCAACUAAUCCAACUUCAACAGCACCUGCUUACCCACGGUUUCCAAAUAACACUUGGUGUACAACAACAUAUCUUCCAGCUGGACAGUUCCCCACACCCACAACCAGCGCAAAACCUCUCAGAGUCGAAGACGAUGCAAAAACGCGUUUAUAUACUAACGCAUUAUUUCCUGUCGAAGGGCUAUUACCACAGGGAUUAUUCGGUGCAACACCUGCCAGAUUCUUGGGUGCUUCUGAUUAUAUCUUAUGCACCGAUGACUACGUAGUGGCCAAGAUGCCGGUGGAAAUGAAAACGCGCCACAAUCUUGAUUUACGCGGUUAUAAUUUCUGGGAUAUUUAUCAAUAUAAUGACCGGCGUGGAAUAAUGGAACCAGAUUUUAGUGACCAGCGUCGAAGAUUCGAUCCAAAUUUUAAAUUCAAGAAAAGGAUCUUAUCACAGAUAUUUGGUGAAACGGCCUGUAAUGGUCUCCAUUAUGGUAUUCUAUCAAAUUAUAGCGAUACGUACUUUCUUAAGCGAGAAGAAACAACUCCAACCACCCUUUAUGUUUCUCAUGUCGUUCAACCCACUGAUACUAAUCCAACUUUACGCGAAUGCAUUUACUAUAUCAGUCAACUUGCCAUUAAUAAUAAUGUUGGUAAUAGAUUAGGACGUGACUCGAAGAGACGAUCAAAGAGCAGUAGUGAAACAAUUGCAAGUUCAUUAAAAAGAAUUAUUACUGUAGGUGAUUACAUAGGUGGCGGGUCAUUCGGAAAAGUUUUUUCUGGGUGUUAUGGCAAUCUUUGUGUGGCAUGGAAAACUUGUGAUGCAUAUAAGCAACAAGAGGAGAUGAAAACGCUUAAACAUGAAGCUCAUAUAUAUUCUAUUUUAAAAGAAUGUCAAGGAAGAAAGGAGAUUAAAAAGACUUUUACAACUUUAAAUGUCUGGAUGCAUAGUGUUCAUGUGAAAAACUUUGAAUCAAUUAUUGAUGAUUAUUCACUUUGA